GCUUCUUCUCAUCACAACUCUUCAAAACAAUCUUCUUCCACCCAAACCAAACCAACCCCCCCACCAACCCAAUCAAAAUGCCUGCCCCUAACGUCGACCAGCCCAACGAGGGUAUUGUUGGCCAGAUCUCCAACACCAUCGCCAACGCUGCCAACUACGUCUCCGAGACCAUCCAGGGCAACACUGCUGAGGCAUCCAAGGAGGCCAACAAGCAGCAGAUGAAGGGCAACACCGCCGAUGACUCCAUCUCCGGCCGUGUCUCCGGUGCCAUGGGCGCUGCCUCCGACAAGCUCGACCAGCACUCUCACGAGGCCCAGGCAAAGGCCAACAAGGAGUCCAUUUAAGCGUCUCUCCUCGCUUUGAUCGAAUCUUCAAUAUCCUCCUCACACCAGCCAUUCAUCUUCGCCUCGAUGUCGGGUUACAAAGCAUAAUACCCUCCUCGGUUCAUCUUUGAUGGUCCCUGCAACUCGUGUUUGCUCAGCCUAUCAACUUUUCGCCUCGGAAGCUUCUCCUUUUUU